AUGGAAGGCCACGACUAUGACAGACGUCAGGUGGCAACGGCCGCCAAGGACGAAAGCUUUGCUGACAGAUCGCCAUCACUCAAGUCGCUUCAAGACGUAAGUAGAGAGUGGUACGUAACAAAAGAAAAUGAAGAAUUUUCCGCACUGCUGUUUGUACGCUCUGUUUCUCGGGGAUUGGUUCGCCUGACUACGGACGACGACCUGCCGCCCGGCUAUUUGGCAGACGUGCCUCUAGCGGCAGGCAACGCCUCGCGAAGGCCCGCCUCCCACGGGCCGCAGGUGGGCGCGGGCAGCGUGGAAUCCGGAAGGGCGGCAGUGGCGGCGGCGGCGGCGGCGGCGGCACCUCAAAGGCGGCCCAGACCCACAUAUCGGGCCCAAUUAAUGCGCGCCUGGGAAGCCGCCGCCUUUUACUUAGGCGUCCGGGGCCCGGAGUGCGCGCAGCGCGGCAACACGCCUGUGCUCUGCACCGGCGGCCGGCGGGCCACACGUGCGCCGCAUUCCUCGAGCGGAGCUGAGCCCGCAGCCGCGUCCGCCGGCGACACCUCCGGCUCCGGCUCCAGCUCCAGCUCCAGACCCGCCUGCCCAAAGCGCAGCCGCGUGGCCCGCCUCGCACCGCGCCGUGGCGGCCCCCUGUCUGGGGCGGCCGACAUUACCUCCGUCGCCGGGGUUACGAAAUCACUCGUAAUUCACCGCCGCACAGCUGCAGCUGCGGCUGCGACUCCAGCAAACCGGUUAACAAAACCUCCUGCAUCAGCAGACAAGCUGUACGCGGCCGCGCCCGUGCCCGACGCCGCUUGGCCCGCACCCAUGCCUGACAUGCCCAAGAUCAUCUCACUCGACGUCAAGUGCGAGCGCGACCUCAUGAAGGUGUACCUGGGCUUCGACAAGCCGUUCUACGGCAUCGUGUUCAGCAAGGGCCACUACAGCAACGUGAACUGCGUGCACCUGCCCGCCGGCCUGGGCCGCAAGGCGGCUACCUUCGACAUCAGCAUCCACUCGUGCGGCACCGCCGGCAACUCCGAGAACGGCCUCUACGGCUACGGCGCCGACUCCGGCUCCGGCACCUACUUCGAGAACAUCAUCGUCGUCCAGUACGACCCGCAGGUGCAGGAGGUGUGGGACCAGGCGAGGAAGCUGCGCUGCACGUGGCACGACCAGUACGAGAAGUCCGUCACGUUCCGGCCCUUCCCCGUCGACAUGCUCGACGUCGUCAGGGCUGACUUCGCGGGAGACAACGUCGGCUGCUGGAUGCAGAUACAGGUGGGCAAAGGACCGUGGGCUUCCGAGGUGUCUGGGCUGGUGAAGAUCGGCCAGACGAUGACGAUGGUACUGGCCAUCAAGGACGACGACUCGAAGUUCGACAUGCUGGUGAGGAACUGCAUGGCGCACGACGGCAAGCGCGCGCCCAUCCAGCUGGUGGACCAGAAGGGCUGCGUCACCAGGCCCAAACUCAUGUCGCGCUUCACCAAGAUCAAGAACUUCGGCGCCAGCGCCUCCGUCCUCUCGUACGCGCACUUCCAGGCCUUCAAGUUCCCCGACUCGAUGGAGGUGCAUUUCCAGUGCACCAUCCAGAUAUGCCGCAACCAGUGCCCCGAUCAGUGUUCCGAGGCGCCGCCGCUGGCGCUCUACGGGGCCGACACCAUCUACGGCCCGCCGCCGCAGCCCCUGGAGGCGUACCUGAACGCCGCGGGCGCGGCGCGGCCCCGCGACGAGCGUCGCGUGCGCCGGCAGCGGCGGGAGGUGCCGCCCCACGAAGCGCGCCGCCAGCAAGACGCCUCCGGCUCGACGCCGCCCCCGGAGAAGUCGGUGGGCGUGAACCGCGUCAUCCGCGUCGUGUCGACCGGCGACCUGACGUUUCCGCUGGACGAGGCGGCGGCGCGCCAGCAGGCCAUCCCCGUGGCCGAGGGCUCGACGGCGGGGGCGGGGGCGGGCCCGGACAGCGAGCCGGCGCCGCACCACCUCAUCUGCAUGACGACGCCCGGCUUCGCGGCGACGCUGGUGGUGCUGCUGGCCGUGCUGCUGGCGUCGUGCCUGGCGUCGGCGCUGCUGUGCGUGCGCCUGCGCCCGCUGCUCGCCGCCGCCCACAAG